UGAAGGGGCCACUGUACUACCACUAUUGCUGAGUCUACAGACAGACAGAGGUAGUUAUAUCAGAGGGUGUCUAAGAGUAGCGUGUUUCUUAUUAGCAUUAUUUCAGCGCUUCACUUACAGCACGAUGAACGGUCUCCUGCUUCUCAUGUGGACUGGAACUUUGAUCAUUGCCACCAGUGGCAUGCAGCCCCUGGGAAGGGGCUACAAUAGCCACUGUCUCUGCCUCGGGUUCGAGUCCCGGGUCAUCCCGCAGGAGAGGCUGCGGAGUGUGGAGAUUCUUCCCCGAGGCCCACACUGCAAGAGCGCCGAGAUCGUCGCGCAUCUGGUGACCGGUGAGAAGAUCUGCCUCAACCCCAGGGCAGUAUGGGUCAGGAAGCUCGUCCGCUACAUGAUGGAGAAGGAGGCGCAGCAGCAGCGGGCUUGAGGUGGGAAGGAGGAGGAGGAGCAGCAGCGGGCUUGAGGUGGGAAGAUAACAGCUGUUUCCUUUCACCUGCAGCGAUACACCAUCUCAGUCAUCGCUCAACAGCCACAACUCACCUGUUCCUUAGGCCACAGUUAGGCUGUGUUUUAUUGAGGGAAUGACGCAAGACUUUUUCAUUACAAGGAACCACUCCGGAGUUUCAACCCACAGGAACUCUUCGGCCUACGACCUUCGACCUUCGACCUACAGGAGCUCUUUGUGAGCUGUGGUCUUCUCUCAGCCCUUUACAAUACUCCAAUUAUGAAUCAGUCAGAGUGAACUGUGCUGUGCUUUUGGUCUGAAACCAGUGCUGCUUGUGUUUGUUGAGCUGCUUUCACAAUCUAAUUGGAUGCAAUGUUAUAAACAGCAGCUGAAGUGCAAUUCUAAGAAACUUUUAGAGCUUAGAGCUGUCUUAAAUGACAAAUGAACAGCCUGCUGUCCCAGCUUAUGACACACUCACCAGUUAAGUCAUAUUCGUCUUAAACCAAACUUAUUGUGGUUCUCUGUUGUCUGUUACCUUUACGUGAUGAUUUGUAUUGUUGUGCUUUGCUCUCUGUAAUUAGUUUUCUUCUAUUUCAUACAUAAACAGUAUGCUGUACCAUUUCACUGAUUUUGGCAUAAGCAUUGUACUUUUCUCUACAAUGUUUGGUGUUUAGUUCUAACGUCCAGAGACAAUAAAACUGAAACUUUAUAUUGUAAA